AUGUCUUCUUUACUACUCCGUUCCGCCAGUCCCAACGUUCGCGUAGAAGACGAGGUCUGGGACAUGAUCUUUCCAGACGCAAAGACCACAAAGAACAAGAAGGCCGCCAGAGACACCGCUCAGUACCCCGGCCCGAUCACAGCCAAAGACAUUGACAUCCGAGAUUGGCUCUUCACAGACCGCAAGAAACUCGAGUCCGAGCACAACCGUAUCAAGAUCUUCAUCGACGCCGAGCUCAUUACAACAAUCUCGAAGCCACUGUUUCGAGCGACUUCGACAAAGACCAGUGAUAUCCUCGUAGAUGAUACAGUCAUGCUACCCGCAGCCACUGACGCGGACGCGGUAUCUCAACUUGUCGAUUACCUUGAGGGUGUCAUCUCGACCCCUAGCGAACCCCAGUCUCUCCCACUUAGCCUACCAAUAGUCGCGACCCUGAAUAUAUGCGCAGCCUCGGCGGCACUCGGGAUGGACAGACCUCCUACGAACAUGCAUACCCUCGUGGACAACAAUCGACGCCAUAACUUCAUAUGCGACAACAACACCGCACUUCUCCCGCCUCUUCCGCAUCAUGGUACUUGA